CCCACCAUCGCGCGUGUUUCGAAACAAUGAGGAGGUAGGCUGGGAUCGACUCGUUUCAGGUUGAGCCAACCAUCGAAUGGCCUCCAGUCCUUUUCCUCCAUUGCCGCAUAUUCUCUGCUACUAUGUAGAAUGCCUAGGGAGUAGCAAGGCUCAUUCGACCGCUGAACGUCAGUUGUAGAGCUCUUCACCAAUAAGCAACCAGCAUGGGAUCGUGAUGCCCGAGACUACGGGCUACCAAGUAUGACGAGCAAUACGGGGGGGUGCUUAUUUUGGGGGUAAUAUAUCACAGAAACGUAGCCAAAUGCGUGCGUGUGCUACCUACUUUCAGUACAAGUCUACCUACCCAACGUACCUAAAUUUCCAUGUUUCCAGAUUUGUUACUCUUCGAAACCAUCUCAUCUUUUUUUUUUUCUAACUUAGACUUGAGCAUUGAUCACUCGCUAAUUCUCUUGGGCUACAACCUUCUUUCGUAGUCCUAAUUUGAACUAUUAACUUUAACAUUAGCAUUGGUACUGAUUUACAUUGGGAUAUGCUUUGACAAUAUUAUUACCGACAUCAACCACGCCAAUCAAUAAUAGAAAUAACAAUGGAUCAUCCAUCGAGGGUGCUAGCGCAGGCGCGUGAGCAUCUUGAAGCUCUGAAGCAAUCCGGUCUCAGUCGCGAUGCCCUGCUCGCCUUAUUAGAGGAGGAACCGCAACCACAACAGCCACAACAACCACAACAACAACAGCAGCACCAGCAAGCUAAUAUGCUAGCUGAAGCUCUGCCAAACUUCAGUUAUAGAGACAUCAAUUCCUUCAACCAACAACCCCCAAGACAGCGAUUAUCCGUCUCGUCAUCUAGAUCCAGUUCUUCGAGCCGCGACAGCGUCUUCUCCGCCACAUCCAUACGGAGCUCUAUAUCGUCGGCAUCGGCCCUAACGACCACGGACGCGAAAUUCUGGUGCACGUCCUGCGAUAAGACAUUCAAACGAAAAUUCGACUGGAAACGACACGAGGAAGAAUUCCACGAGCGAUCACGAAAAUACCCCUGUCCUAACUGCAACCAAAGCUUCUGGGGACCCAACACAUUUAACCAACAUCACAAGUCCGCACACGGCUGCAAGACCUGUCCACACGCAGACAGCGUAGUUAAGCAUCUACGGAAGAGGAGGGCAUGGGGCUGCGGCUUUUGCGCUGCAAUGUACGGCACGUUCGAAAAGCACAUAGACCACGUCGCCGCGCAUUUCGAAGCCGGGAGCACGAAGGCCGACUGGCUGCACUCCAACGUCAUCUACGGCCUAUUGCACCAGCACCUUAUUCACGAAGCAUGGAAAGCGUUGAUUGCGAGAAAGCAGAGUAAGUUCAACGGUCACCAGCCCUUGUUCAGUUGGAGUCCUGAGUCGACCGGACGAGCUCAAGGUUUCGUCGAGAACGAGAACCCGGGGCAGCUGCAAGACUUAUUGGAGUUUUUCGAUGGAACACAGGAGUCGGCGGAGCGCAUCGUCGAAAUGGCGUACCACUGCGUCCACAUCGUCUUCCGACCAAGAUCAACUUCCGACGCUCAAGGGACUCUCCAGUCGCCUUCGGGCUCGACUUCUUCCCCCGUUAUACCUAAGCACAUAUCCGUCAUGCCAAGAGCUCCAUCAGCCCCCCGACGUUCGGCAUCUACAUCCGCAUUAAGCCGACACGGCAGACGAACCCCGUCCGCUGAUUCCAGCCGGACCGCUCCUGCUCAAAUUCCGAAUUUGAACUUAGCUAUACCGAUGGCGCCAAACAACCAACAACCCAUGAUAAACGCAUACCAAAGCUUCCCUAUGCAACCAACCCAACAACAUAGAUAUGCACCGUCGAUCACUACCGACAAAGCGUUACCGCCAGAGCCACUAGCACCAACGCCAACAUCACCGAUGAAUAUCGACUUCCCUAUGUUUAACACGGGGGAUGGGCUGCUACCACCACUCAACCUAUCGUCGGACGACUGGCAAAGCUUUACCAGUACGCUGAUUGAAGAAGAGGAGCCGCCUCAUCCCUUAGCUUCCAGUGACUUCCCCAUGACGUGGAAUGAUCUAGGACAUUUCCAAUCGAACCCCCCGCGAUGACGAAGAUUACCGACCUAGGUGUGUUCAAGCAAGGAGAAGCUUCGGGGCGAAGGAAUUAAUAACAAAGUAUACUAUAUGAUUAUUACCUAUGCCCGGGCCACGGGGCUCGGCUGGAAACGCAUACUGUAAUAAUAGCCACUGAUGAAUAGCUAGCUACAUUAUACCAUGUCACGAUGAAUAGGAAUACAAUGUAAUUCUACAAUAUGGAGA